CUGCUGUUCUAAUUGUGAUAAAAUAACUUUUGAUGGAUACCUAUCACAUCUUUCCAUCAUUUUCCAUCCUCAGCACUGUGUAACCCUUCCCCACGCUUUAAACCCCCGAUCUGGACUGGUCAGUCAUUCACCAACUCAAACUGAUGUGGGUAGCUCAAGCCAGGCCCAUCGAGCAGUGGGGUUACGCCGGUGAUGAGCAAUGCAGAAAUAUGAAAAAUUGGAUAAAAUUGGUGAAGGUACUUAUGGCACAGUGUUCAAGGCCAAGAACCGCGACACUCACGAGAUUGUCGCGCUGAAGCGGGUACGCCUGGACGACGACGAUGAGGGUGUUCCAUCGUCGGCUCUCCGUGAGAUCUGCCUGCUCAAGGAGCUCAAACACAAAAACAUCGUGCGGCUUCACGAUGUUCUUCACAGCGAUAAAAAGCUGACGAUCGUGUUCGAGCACUGCGACCAAGACCUGAAGAAGUACUUUGAUUCGCUCAAUGGCGAGAUAGACCCGAACAUCGUCAAGUCGUUCAUGUUUCAGCUGCUCCGAGGCCUGGCGUUUUGCCACAGUAAAAAGGUCCUCCAUCGCGACCUAAAACCCCAGAAUCUGCUCAUCAAUAAGAACGGCGAGCUGAAGCUGGCCGAUUUCGGCCUGGCGCGCGCGUUCGGCAUCCCGGUCAAAUGUUACUCGGCAGAGGUGGUGACGCUCUGGUACCGGCCGCCCGACGUGCUGUUCGGAGCCAAACUCUACUCGACCAGCAUCGACAUGUGGUCGGCCGGCUGCAUAUUCGCCGAGCUGGCGAACGCGGGCCGCCCGCUGUUCCCGGGCGCGGACGUGGACGACCAGCUGAAGCGGAUCUUCAAGCUGCUGGGCACGCCUACCGAGGAGACGUGGCCGGGUCUGACGGCGCUGCCCGAGUACAAGCCGUUCCCGCUCUACCAGCCCACCAUGCCGCUCUCGCAGGUGGUGCCCAAGCUGAACAGCAAGGCGCGCGACCUGCUCCAGCGGCUGCUGGUCUGUAACCCCUCGCUGCGGAUCAGCGCCGAUGACGCGCUGGCCCACGUCUUCUUCUCUGAUCUCAGCCCGGCCCUGAAGGCGGCCUGAGUCCUGUCCCGUCGGCGCCGCCCCCAGGUCAGGUCAGGUCGCCGACACCGCGCGCUAAUUCUACAUAUAUGACUGUAUUCGCCCCCCGCGGGGCACCCAUUUCCGAUGUGAUUGCGUUAUUACGCUGGCUGUUUUAUGUUCGUCCCCUGCCCACGGUCGGCAGGCGUCCGGUGUCAUGUCGCUCGCAUAUUUGUAGACAUCCUGUACAUGUAAUACAUACUCAGGCGUUUUGCCGGACACUGA